GGAGAGUGUAGCAAUAUUCCACGUGUACAAUCCUGCUCUUUCUUCCAUCGUCCACCUCAUAUAAAACCCCGCCAUUUCCAUUACCAUUUUCACCUAAAACCUUAAUCAAAUCUCCGAUCAGAAGAAAAUGGAUGAAUUGUUCCCCAUUGUUGCGUUUUCUCUUCUUCUCGGUGCCAUCAUUGCUCUUCUCUUCUUCAACACCUAUUAUCGUAAACGCCAAUCCGAAGUCCGAUCCAUCGCAAAUCUCAAUCCAAAUCCGAAUCCCAACCCAAUCGUGCCAUCUUCAAAACCACUUCCGAACAAAAAAUCUAACCCUAAACACCAUUCCUCUGAUAAGGAUCAAAUCAAGCGGCAUCAUCCAUUGGAUUUGAAUACCUUGAAAGGCCAUGGUGAUGCAGUUACAGGGAUAUGUUUCUCUCCUGAUGGACGAAACUUGGCAACAGCUUGUGCUGAUGGAGUGGUGAGAGUAUUCAAGUUGGAGGAUGCUUCGAGUAAAAGUUUCAAGUUUCACAGAAUUAAUUUGCCUCCUGGAGGUCCUCCAACUGCAGUUGCAUUUGCUGAUGAUGCAUCCUCCAUUGUUGUGUCCUCACACAGUCUCACUGGUUGUUCAUUAUACAUGUAUGGUGAAGAGAAACCUAAAGUUUCUGAAGAUAAGUCACAAGCAAAGCUCCCUCUACCGGAGAUUAAGUGGGAACAUCGCCAAGUUCAUGAUAAAAAAGCAAUAAUUACUAUGUUUGGAGCGUCCGCUACUUAUGGCAGUGCUGAUGGAAGUGCAUUAAUUGCAUCGUGUUCAGAAGGAACAGACAUCAUUCUUUGGCAUGGAAAAACCGGGAAGAGUUUGGGGCAUGUGGAUACAAAUCAACUUAAAAAUAACAUGGCUACUAUAUCACCCAAUGGACGUUUCAUUGCAGCUGCAGCGUUUACUGCAGACGUUAAGGUCUGGGAGAUUGUAUAUUCAAAGGAUGGAUCUGUCAAAGAAGUUUCAAAUGUUAUGCAGCUUAAGGGGCAUAAGAGUGCUGUGACUUGGUUAUGCUUUUCUCCAAACUCUGAGCAAAUAAUCACUGCAUCCAAGGACGGUUCCUUAAGAAUAUGGAAUAUCAAUGUUCGCUAUCAUAUGGAUGAGGAUCCAAAGACACUGAAGGUGUUCCCAAUUCCUCUUCGUGACUCUGCUGGUACUACACUGCACUAUGAUCGCCUCAGUAUUUCACCUGAUGGAAAAAUUUUGGCUGCAACCCAUGGUUCCACAUUGCAGUGGUUAAGUGUCGAGACUGGAAAGGUUUUGGAUACAGCCGAAAAAGCCCAUGAUGGUGACAUUACAGGCAUUGCAUGGGGGCCUAAAGCUAUUCCUAUGGGAAAUGAAAAAGUCUUGGUUUUAGCGACAGCUAGUGGUGACAAGAAAGUGAAAUUGUGGGCAGCUCCAUCAUGAACUACCAGUGCACCAUAUGCUACUGCUGACAACUAAUACAUGCUUAAAGAGUGUUGCUUCAAAUGUUUUCAACUAUGCUCUCUUCUCUUUGUUUCAGUCCUUUCACAAAAACUGCACGGUAUCAUGGAAAAAGAUGAAUUAUAAAUUAGAAUGAGCUGAAAACAAGAUUAGUCCUUAUGUUGCUGCUUUGACCCUGAUCUUAUCGAAUUUUUGUGACUUAUGAGUUGUACAAACAUAGACGGUGUUGUUGGUUUUGAAUUUUGAUUGUGCUUGACUUCUAAAUAGCUAGAAUUAAAUGAUGUAAUCCGAGAAUAGUGUAUUAGUAACUUUGGAAGAGGAAAUAUUGGACAUGUUGCUAGUUCUUAUACAAUGUACUUCAUUUAAAAACUUUUUUCAUA